AUGUCGGAGGAACUUAGCAAGAACUUUGAGACAUUGCAGCUCCACGCGGGAGCCGAGAUUGAUCCCACUACUCGCUCUCGAGCUGUCCCAAUCUACGCCACAACUAGCUAUGCCUUCAAGGACUCUGCCCACGGCGCCAGACUCUUUGGUCUCAAGGAGUUUGGCAAUAUCUACAGUCGUAUCAUGAACCCCACAGUUGACGUCUUCGAAAAGAGAAUAGCCGCUCUUGAAGGUGGUGUCGCUGCCCUCGCUGCCUCUUCAGGCCAGGCAGCCCAAUUCCUCGCCAUCAGCACCCUUGCUCAGGCUGGCGACAACAUUGUUUCUACUUCCAACCUCUAUGGCGGUACUUAUAACCAAUUCAAGGUCUUCUUCCCUCGUCUCGGCAUCAACACCAAGUUUGUAGACGGUGAUAAGCCCGAGGAUAUCGCCGCUGCUAUUGAUGACAAGACAAAGGCUGUCUAUGUUGAGAGUAUCGGUAACCCCAAGUAUAACAUCCCUGACCUUGAGGCUAUUUCCAAGGCUGCUCACGAGAAGGGCGUUCCUGUUAUUGUUGACAACACCUUUGGUGCCGGAGGUUACUUCAUCCGUCCUAUCGACCACGGCGCUGAUAUUGUUGUCCACUCUGCCACCAAAUGGAUUGGCGGCCACGGAACUACCAUCGGAGGCGUCGUUGUCGACUCUGGAAAGUUUGACUGGGGCAAGAACGCCGCUCGUUUCCCCCAAUUCCACGAGCCCUCAGAAGGCUACCACGGCCUCAAGUUCUACGAGACCUUUGGCAACAUUACUUUCAUUAUCCGUGCCCGUGUUGAGAUCCUCCGUGAUCUCGGCUCAGCGCUCAACCCCUUCGCCGCCCAGCAACUGCUUCUGGGUAUUGAGACUCUCAGCUUGCGAGCCGAGCGACAUGCUCAGAACGCUCUGGCUCUGGCACAGCACCUCGAGAAGAGUCCCUAUGUCAGCUGGGUUUCGUACCCUGGUCUUGAGAGCCACCCGUACCACGAGACGGCUAAGAAAUACCUGAAGAGAGGCUUUGGUGGUGUUCUCAGCUUUGGCGUCAAGGGUGGUGGUGCUGGCAGCGAAGUUGUCGAUGGCUUCAAGCUUAUUUCUAACCUUGCCAAUGUCGGUGACGCCAAGACAUUGGCUAUCCACCCCUGGAGCACCACUCACGAGCAACUCUCCGAUGAUGAGAAGCGAAGCUCUGGUGUCACUGAGGAUCUUAUUCGAAUCUCUGUUGGUAUCGAGCAUAUUGAUGACAUUAUUGCCGACUUUGAGCAAUCUUUCAAGGCUGCUUCAGAUGCUACCACCAAGGGCGAGAAGAAGGAGAUCCCCCUUGGCGAUAAGGAAGCCGAGGCUCCUCUUGCCCCUUGA